UUGGUGUGUGACAGAGAAAUCCAUACUUCCUUUCGCUCUUCAGUCUCAAAGGUCCUUAAGUGAACUUUGUCACUACAGAUAGAGCCAAGCACUUUGUGGUUUUCAUUUUAAAUCCCUGUAACUGACAAAAAGGAAACAGACUACACGUAGGGACAUUUCUUGUGACAAACUGUUUUUGGCAGACGAGGGCAGACUCAUGCACAAUGGCAGGAUCAGACUGGACUUGUAGUCUCUCCGCUAUGCAUGAAUGGGAGUCUCAAGAUUACGAGCCGUCACUUCCUGUUUCGGAGAAGUCCAAUCCCCUGACGCGCGACAUCGACCGGGCUUCAGCCAAAUGUAUAGUGAGGAUGUUACAGGCCUGUGACGCCCAGAUGUUUCAAGAAGAGACGGGAGCCACGUACCAGAGGCUUUUGGGUGAACGAGUGGUGGAAACAGUGGUGGAGGUUGCUAAGAGGGUGCAGCUCGUUCUCAAGGAUCCUCAGGACAGCCUUGUUGUACUGAGUGGCUGUGGGACUUCUGGUCGAAUGGCUUUUCUCAUCACGUCAGCUUUCAACAGAGCACUGAGGGAGCUGAACCAGAGUUCGGUGUAUUCGUACAUCAUUGCAGGAGGAGACAGAGCUCUGCUAUCUUCCCAGGAAGCUCCUGAAGAUGACCCCAAACUGGGCAUGCUCAGUCUGAAGAAGGCCUGUGAGGGGAAGAAGCGAGUCUUGUUCAUCGGUAUUUCCUGCGGAUUAUCUGCUCCAUUUGUGGCAGGUCAGCUGGACUUCUGCCUGCAGCACCCUGAGGUUUACACUCCUGUGCUGGUUGGCUUUAAUCCUGCACAUCAGGCCAGGGAUGAGCCCAUGCCAGGCUGCACGUUCACUUUUCGCAGUGUGGUUCAAAGGAUGCAGGAGCUCGCCAAAAGUCAGAAGGCCUUCCUCAUCAACCCAGCAGUUGGGCCAGAGGCCAUCAGUGGCUCCUCCAGGAUGAAAGGAGGCAGCGCCACGAAGAUCCUCUUGGAGGUUGUCCUGUCUGCUGCACAUGCUGCCACCUUCACAAACACACCCGUCACACACAAGGGCAUCCUGCAGCACAUGAGAGCAUACGAGAAAACUCUGGAUAAAACUUACGCUCAGACUGAUGGGAUAACUGCUCUGUUGGAGGCAGCUGGGCAGAGUUUGCUGUGCGGCAGGCGUGUGUGUUACAUGGGCUGGGGCUCGCUGGCUCUGCUGGGCCUCAUUGACGCCAGUGAGUGUAUCCCCACGUUUGGAGCAGACUACGAAGAUGUUCGAGGCUUCGUCAGUGGAGGAUACAAAGAGCUGAACAACAACGAGGGCCCCCUGAUUUCACUGGGUCCUGACUUUUGCAUAGCGCAUGAAGAUUUUUUGCAUCUAAUCCUUCCCUCUCUCAACGACCAGGACAUCGUUCUUCUUGUCUACACGCACUCUGAUGACGUCAGCGAAGUGGCGGAGUUGGCACGCAGAGUGAGAGAGAAGACAUCCAACCUCCACGCCAUUUAUCAUCGGGUUGAUGGAGACACUGCAGCUGCUGUACAACAAGAGGAUUUCAAUAAGCUGUGUUUAUCCUCACUAAAAAUCACUUGGCCAUCACCUGCCUCAGAAAGCUUACUACACAUGCAGUGGGAGCUGUCCACUAAACUGCUGCUGAACGCUGUGAGCACCGGAGCUCACGUUUUAAAGGGGAAGAUUUACCAGAACCACAUGAUCGACGUGCAGGUCACCAACAGCAAACUCUACUGCAGAGCCACACGUUUGCUCCGGAAGCUGUCUGGUUGUCCUGAGUCCCAAUGUGAGGAAGCUCUUCUGAAGGCCAUCUACGAAGUAGACGAGCUGACAGUGGGCAUCACAUCGUGCGACAUCACCACGCACACACUCACUGCCAGAAACAGGAGCAAGGUGGUCCCUCUGGCUUUGGUCUGUUUGCUGACUGGUUGCUCUCUCGUGGAGGCAGAGUCUCGUUUGGAGCAACAGCCAAUCGUAAGAGAGGCUGUGAAGGCAUGUCUGACAUAAUUGACAUGGCAUGAUGUCAUCGUCCAGCCCCCCUACACACAUAUUGAUGUGUUUAAUCAAUCUUUCCCCUCUACAGAGGGGUCAUAGGUCAGCUUUAAUGUUGGUCUAAGAUAAAUUGAUUUCUACUGUAUUCGGUGUAAUUAUGACACACAGAGUUUUCCUUUAUUGGUUCUUGCUUUGAUUAUGAGCUAAUAUCUAUUUGAAGGCAAAAUGUGAACUGCACUGUUUGAAUUUAAUCACCUGCACCAGGAAGCUUUUAAAUGUAAAACCAUGUAAUAACACUAAGGGGCAGACUUGACACCUCAGCGCAAGCAAACCUAGUCGUAAUAACCUGAAAAUCUACUGUUAAUUUGUACUCUUCUUAGAACAACGUUUUACAUUGUUUCAAAUGAGAAGGAUAGAAAAUCCAGGAAAAAACAGCAAUAAAAAAUACAUUUUAUUCCCUUU